AUGGGGACUGAGGACACAAAUCGAGCAAUCGAAGCCGCACAUGCAGCAUUCAACUCCUACAAAAAGACGUCGGCUCGACAGCGCGCGCAGUGGCUGCGAAAAUGGAGCGACCUAUGUCUGGAGAAUUCCCAGGAUCUUGCACUGAUCCUCUCCCUCGAGAAUGGAAAGACAUUGGCAGAGGCCCAGGGCGAGGUCAAGUAUGCCGCCUCUUUCUUGGACUGGUUUGCUGGCGAAGCUGAGAGAGUCUACGGCGAUGUCAUCCCAUCUGCCAAUCUGGGUCAACGAAUCUUGACAUUCAAGCAACCUCUCGGCGUUGCGGCUUGA